GCGACCUUCUCUUCCUGCCUCUGUGUCUUCCUCUGCUUCCUCUUCUCCUCCCAAUCCAAUCCUUGUAGAAUCUUCCACCGGCGCCCGGGUAAGAUGAACGGCCUCCUCGUGUCCCCGUGCACAAGGCCGCCCCUGCUCCGCCCUUUCCCGAGCCCGGCCACCCGUCUCCUACCCGCCAGAACCCUAGUUCUUCGCCCGCUCCGCCUCCCCCGUGGCGUCUGUGCGUCCCCUCCUCCCCCGCGCGCCGCCGCCGCCGCUGCGUCUGCAGUGGGCGGCCUUCUGGCGCCGCUCGAGGUUGGCCUGCGCAGCAUCAACCUCGCGCCGCUGCGCCCGCCGGUUGCGGCGGCCAUGUCGGCGGCCGUGCGCUGGCUGGGGGUCUACCGGGAGGUUCUGCUUGUCGGGGUGCUCUUCUCCUGGUUUCCCAACAUCCCCUGGGACCGCCAGCCCUUCUCCGCUCUGCGAGACCUCUGCGACCCUUUUCUCGCCCUCUGCCGCGAGGUCGUGCCGCCCGUCUUCGGCCGCAAGCUCGAUCUCAGCCCGCUCGUCGCCUUCAUGGCGAUAGACAUCCUCAUCAUGAUCCUUCGCCCACAGCCACGCAUGUGAUGGAAUUGAAGGAUAGUCGUUGGUAUGUUAAGAUCCACUAUGGUUUUGUCGUUGCUGGAUAUUACAAGAUAAGAAGUGGUGGUUGAAUGAUCUUUAGCAAGGGUAGCAGAAUUUGAGUGAUUUUGAGACGUUUUGUAGACAAGUGUAGCUUCCUUGAUAAAACUUCUGCCAAGUAGAUAUGUGCUAGCUACAGUCUUUGUGAUUCUGCUCUGUUCCCAGACGGAUUUGUCUAUGAUAUGGCAACACGGAUCUGCAUGUAGUGAGCGAUUCAGAGAACUGAAUCGAAAGCUGAGCCAUUCCUGAACGGUUUGCGAGAGAAUCCCAAACUAGCUUAGGCAGGCUCAUUAAUGUGCAUGGUCUCUAACUUUUGUCUUCUUUUCCUUCCACCAUGAGGAUCUUAUCUCCUUUUCUGACUUGGCUAAUGUGUUUACCUCCAGAGCCACUUGUUCUGGUUGAGUGUUGAGAUACUCAUUGUCAUUUGGUACACCUAUUCUAUCAUUAGUGAACGGCUGCAUUGAUUUUCUAUGCA